CCACUCGUCCGCGACGACGUAAAACUAGGUCUCGUCCGCAACGACGAUAAACUACGAAGUGUCCGGGAUGACGUUAAACUAAGCAUUGUUUUUCCACAAUAUUUAUAUUCCAUGAUGAUGAUGAAGGGCGUCCGCAAAGACGUUAAACUACGGAUCGUCCGAAACGACGAUAAACUACGGACCGUCCCGCAUGACGUUAAACUGCCAGUCGUGGAUAUAUCUCGCAACCCGACAAAUAUAUCAGCUGUGGUCUUAAUGUCCAUUUCGUGCAAGCGAACGGGCCGAUCUGGGGAAGGAGUCAGACUCCUCCUUGCCCCUCGCGGCACCCUUCAAGUCUAA